CAAUCAAUGGUUAAAACUAGACUUGUUUAACAUAUAGUAGUACUACCAUUUUACAAGCCAAGACUCUGUUUUAAAGCAACUCCAUGGAAUUGCAUAAAACCAUUGCUCUGUUUCUUCUCCUCUCUUAUUAUUCAAUUACCAUAGUCAAAAGCACAGAUAUUUGCUUUACCUCUGCAUGUCGCAGGGACGAACCUUUGAUUCGUUUCCCUUUUCGUCUACAGAAAAUCCAAUCCCAAAAUUGUGGCUAUUCAGGUUUCAACUUACACUGUGAUGCAACAAACCAAACAAUUCUUAAGUUACCAAAUUCAUCAGGAGAAUUCACUGUUCAUGCUAUAGAUUAUUCUACACAAGAAUUAUGGCUUAACGACCCAAAAGAUUGCUUACCUCAGCUUCUUCUUAAACUUAACCUUUCUUCUUCUCCAUUUUCUGGGGUUUAUUAUCAAGAUUUUACAUUGUUCAAUUGCUCGUUUUCUUAUACAACGACCAAGCUAAAUCCAAUAGCUUGUUUAAGUGGUUUAAAUUAUACGGUGUAUGCUACAUCUUCUAUGAGAGGAGCUAGAUUGUUGUCAACACCAUCAUGUAAUUUGAUUGGAACUAUUGCUGUUCCAGUUCUGUGGCCGUUUUUUGAACAGGUUUUGUCGUCAGAUCUUAGUGAUGAUAUCAGGCUGUCUUGGGCUAAUCCAGAUUGUAGAAAGUGCGAGUCUAAGGGUGGACGAUGUGGUUUAAGGAAAACCAAUUUUAGUCAGGAGAUCGUUUGUGAAAAUGUUCGCCGACGCGGGCUUCCUAAAGGCGCGCGCUACGCUAUAACAGUGGGAGCUGGGGUGCCGGCAAUGUUAUUCGUAAUUGGGCUUCUAUGUUUCAUAUGUGGAAGGAUAAGGUCUUGCAGGAGGAGAGGUAGAGCCCAACCAAUACUAGAAUUCAGUUCUACUGUGGCACCACAGCCCAUUGUAUUUAUGGGCCUAGAUGGGCCCACAAUAGAAUCCUAUCCCAAAACUAUCUUGGGAGAGAGCCGACGUUUGCCCAAGCCCGAUGAUAAUAUCUGCCCAAUUUGCUUGGCUGAGUAUGAGCCCAAGGAAACCUUAAGGACAAUUCCUGAAUGCCAACACUGUUUUCAUGCAGAAUGCAUAGAUGAAUGGCUUCGGUUAAAUGCUUCUUGUCCAGUUUGCCGCAACUCCCCUAAGCCCAAGCCAUUAUCCCUUACUGAGGUUCCCUAAUUAUGUCUCAUUAAGUGUAAACUUCAUCUUUUGAUUUAUGAUAUGACUACACGAGAUGAGCCUUAGUUUAGUGAAUUAAAGUCGGCCUCGUGUAAUGGGAAUCCCGGUUGUUGCGCACUAUGUAUGUAUAAUGAGGUGCUCACUACUGGUUGUUUGCUUUUAUUGUUGAGAAAUAGAUGUUUGGAAUUCAUACUCAA